AUGGGUAAGAAAAAAAUCGCGGCGGCCGGUUUGGCCUCCAUCCUCCUCGUGGCCAUGGUGGUGGCCGUGACAGUCUCUGUCACCAAUCGCAACGCCGGUUCUGGUGGAGUCGGCACGUCUAACAAGGCGGUGCAGGCCAUUUGCUCCCCGACCGACUACAAGGAUGAGUGCAUGAAGAGCCUUGCCAAUGCUAACUCCACUGACCCCAAAACCCUAAUCGAGGCCGCUUUCAAUGCUACCAUUGAUGACAUUGUCUCGGCCGUUAAGAAUUCGUCUCUCCUUAAGGAGGCCGCUAAAGACGACAGUAUUAAGGCCGCCUUCGACGUUUGUGAAGAAGUCCUCGGCACUGCGGUCGACGACCUCAAGAGAUCCGUCUCUCGGGUUUCCGAGCUCGACGGGUCAAAGGUCGACGAGUAUGUCGAGGACCUCAAGACGUGGCUAAGUGCCGUCGUCACCUACCAAGAGACCUGCAUCGACGCCUUUGAGAACACCACCGGUAACUCGGCUGAGAAAAUGAAGGAGCUUCUGAAAACUGCCCGACACCUCUCGAGCAACGCCCUCGCCAUGGUCACCGACAUCACCUCCCUUAUCUCGUCCCUCAACCUCAACACCCUCUCCGGCGAAUCAUCCGCCAGCCGGAGGCUUUUUUCGGCCGACGACGACGAACCCAUGAAAUGGUCCCGACGAGACCUCCUCGCCGUUCGGCCCAACGCCAUCGUGGCCCAAGACGGCUCCGGCCAAUUCAAAACCAUUGCCUCCGCCAUCGCCACCGUUCCGAAAAAGAACAACGUACCUUUCCUCAUACACGUCAAAGCCGGCGUUUACAAGGAGCACGUCGAGAUCCUGAAGGGGGCCCACAAGAUCGUCAUGUACGGCGACGGCCCGCUCAAGACCGUCAUCACGGGAAGCAAAAACUUCGCCGCCGGCACGAAAACCUUCCAAUCGGCCACGUUGGCCGUGAACGCCGACGACUUCUUCGCGCGCGACCUCGGGAUCGAGAACACAGCGGGUCCCGAGGGCCACCAAGCCGUGGCCCUCCGCGUGUCGGGCGACCGAGCCGUGUUCUUCAACUGCCACCUCAACGGAUUCCAGGACACGCUGUACGCGCACACGUACCGACAGUUUUACCGCGACUGCGUCAUCUCGGGUACCAUCGACUUUAUCUUCGGCGACGCGCUGUCGAUCUUCCAAAACUGUCGGUUCGUGGUGCGCCGCCCGAUGGACAGUCAGGCGUGCAUGGUGACGGCGCAGGGCCGCGUAGACCCGCGCAGCCAGGGAGCGAUAGUGAUCCAAGGUGGCGACAUCGUGGCCGAGCCAGCAUUCUUCAAGGCACCGAAACCGAUCGUGGCGUACCUCGGAAGGCCGUGGAAGCAGCUCUCGAGGACGAUCAUCAUGCAAACGAACAUCGACGGUUUUAUUUCGCCCGAGGGGUGGUCUCCGUGGAUGGGAACAUUCGCGCUCGACACAUUGUACUAUGCGGAGUAUCAGAAUCGUGGGCCCGGGUCGAACCAGGCCCACAGAGUCCAUUGGAAGGGAAUUAAGCAUAUCAGCCCCAAGAUUGCGGAAAGCUUCACGCCCGGGAAGGCGUUCGGCGGCGACUUCUGGAUUAAGGGCGCCGGCAUACCGUAUGUUCCCAGCAUGCUUUGA